UGCAGAUCUUAUGACCCUCUCUUACAAUCCCAUGCCCUCUGGUCACACUGUGGACUCCCAUUUUGCAGCCCAGACACAGGAGAGACACAGCAAGUUGGACCUGCCCCAGACCCUUGCAUCCUCUCACAUCUUGGGUACCACUUAAUGUAUUCAUGGCUACCUGUUCCUAAUUAGGAGGCUGCGGAGACUAGAGGAUAGAUUGCUUGCUAUUGUCUCAUGUAACACUGCCAGAAAGGGAUCUGAUCAGCAGCAUCUAUGACCUGCAUGAUUUUCUCAUGGGUAUCCCUCUUCCACAGCCUUGGAACAUCUUCUGGAGGAGAUAUCUGAUCGAGGACAAGAGCACCCAGCAGGAGCAGAGACCAUGCUGCGGCAAAGCAUUGCAGUAAUAAUCAGUACUAUCACAAACCUCAGACAUUUGCCACUGAUAUCAUAGAUGAUUUGCCCCAGCAGCCUGAGAUCUUAUUGUCACUGCCUGAAGAUGUUUCUGUGGCUUUUCCUGUUCCUCUCUACCCCAAUCUCCUCCACCAACCCGGACUCAGAACUCACCCAGGAGAUCUGCAAUAUCUGCUCUUGUCUAUCAGUCGAAAAUGUACUAUAUGUCAACUGCGAAAAAGUGGCAGUUUACAGACCAAACCAGCUGAAGCCCCCACAGUCCAAUUUCUAUCACUUGAAUUUUCAGAAUAAUCUUUUGAUCAUUCUGUACCCUAAUACUUUCCUGAAUUUUACUCACGCUGUGUCCCUGCAACUGGGCAAUAACAAACUGCAGAAUAUUGAGGGAGGAGCUUUCCAGGGACUUAGUGCAUUAAAACAGUUGCACUUGAACAACAAUGAAUUAAAGAUCCUGAGGGCUGACACUUUCCUGGGCAUAGAGAACUUGGAGUAUCUCCAGGCUGACUACAAUUUAAUCAAGUAUAUUGAGCGGGGAGCCUUCAAUAAACUGCACAAGCUGAAAGUCCUUAUUUUAAAUGACAAUCUGAUUUCUGCCCUCCCUGAUAAUAUAUUUAGGUUCGCUUCCUUGACUCAUUUGGACAUUAGAGGGAAUAGAAUACAGAAGAUACCCUACAUAGGUGUCUUGGAGCACAUCGGGAGGGUUGUGGAGCUUCAACUAGAAGAUAACCCUUGGAAUUGUACGUGUGAUUUACUGCCUCUAAAAGCUUGGCUGGAAAACAUGCCAUAUAAUAUCUACAUUGGAGAGGCUAUCUGUGAGACACCUAGUGAUCUGUAUGGAAGAUUAUUAAAAGAGACUAAUAAACAAGAGUUAUGCUCUAUGGGCACUGGUAGUGACUUUGAUGUACGGAUAUUGCCUCCAUCCAUGGAGACAACCUUCACCACUCCUGGGGGACAUACCGCUCAAACAUCACUAAAUCGUCUGGUCACCAAGUCCCCAAAAACAACCAAUCCAUCCAAAAACUCUGGCAUUGUAUCUGGCAAAUCUGUACCCAACCACACCAUUAGCCAGAUUGUAUCAUUUCAGACCAGGGUGCCUCCCCUGUCACCUUGUCCAUCUCCGUGUGUUUGUAAAACCCAUCCUUCUGACUUGGGAUUAAGUGUUAACUGUCAGGAAAGGAAUGUAUAUUCAUUAGCUGAGCUGGUACCUAAACCCAUAAAUGCAAAGAAACUUCACGUCAAUGGGAAUUAUAUCAAGCAAGUAGAACAAACAGACUUUGCAGAAUUUGAAGGUCUGGAUCUGCUUCAUUUAGGAAGCAAUCAAUUAACAACAAUUCAAGGAAAUGUCUUUUGUAAUCUUACUAACCUAAGGAGGCUUUAUCUCAAUGGAAACCAAAUAGAACGCCUCAGCCCUGAAAUAUUUACUGGUUUGCACAAUCUGCAGUACCUUUACCUGGAAUACAAUGUGAUAAGAGAAAUAUUGGGGGGGACCUUUGAAUCCAUGCCAAAUCUUCAGUUGCUAUAUUUAAAUAAUAACCUUCUGAGAAGCCUGCCAGCCUAUAUUUUCUCCGGAGUUCCUCUGGCAAGGCUUAAUAUACGAAAUAAUCAUUUCAUGUACUUGCCUGUAAGUGGCGUUCUUGACCAGCUCAAAUCUCUCACACAGAUAGAUCUGGAAGGAAACCCAUGGGACUGCACUUGUGAUUUAGUUGCGUUGAAACUCUGGCUGGAGAAACUCAGUGAAGGUAUUGUCAUGAAAGAGGUCAAAUGUGAGACACCUGUCCAAUUUGCAAACAUUGAGCUGAGAUCACUGAAAAAUGAAAUUUUGUGCCCCAAACUAAUAAAUAAGCCACCCACACAGUACACAAGCCCAAUCCCUGCCAUCACUUUUACCACUCCUUUGGGUCCCAUGAAAAGUCCCCCAGGUGGUCCUGUCCCUUUAUCUAUUUUAAUACUUAGUAUUUUAGUAGUGCUUAUUUUAACAGUUUUUGUUGCGUUUUGCCUUCUUGUUUUUGUUUUGAGACGUAAUAAAAAACCCACAGUAAAGCAUGAAGGCAUUGGGAAUCAGGAGUGCAGUUCUAUGCAACUCCAGCUGAGGAAGCAUGACCAGAAAGCCCUUAAGAUGGAUGGUAUAUCUGCAGAAACCUUUUUUCCACAGACUAUUGAACAAAUGAGCAAGAGCCACACUUGUGGUAUAAUGGAUACUGAAAUGGGAUUUCCGUUUUCUGAUCACCAAGGGCAAAAAGUGGUCCUCAGGAACAUGGCUGACAAAGACAAAGACUCAUUGCAUGGGGAUUCUAAAAAAAGACUUAGCACAAUUGAUGAACUGGAUGAAUUCUUUCCAGGAAGAGACUCCAAUUUAUUUAUCCAGAAUUUUUUAGAAAGUAAAAAAGAAUAUAAUAGCAUAGGAGUCAGUGGCUUCGAAAUACACUAUCCCGAAAAGCUACAAGAUAAAAAAUGCAAGAAAUCUUUGAUAGGUGGAAACCACAGUAAAAUUGUAGUAGAGCAGAGAAAGAGUGAAUAUUUUGAACUCAAAGCCAAACUUCAAGGCACACCUGAUUACUUACAAGUGCUUGAAGAACAAACAGCGUUGAGCAAAAUGUAGGUCACGCAGAGUCAUUCUUAAUAGAGACAAUAAUUCAAUGAUGAAAAGUGCCUUUGUAGACUUUAAACUUCCAAAUAUUAUCUAUAUAGGCAUAGAUGCAGGUGAUUUCAGGAGUGUCCAGUUGCUUAUGGUUGCAUAUGUUGAAGAAAUUUCUUUGUAGGUUCUAAUUUUUCAGAACACCUUCAUUAUGGAUCUCUAGGAUUGCACCAGACACUAUUGCCAAAGGGAUACUUUGUUCUUAUUAUGACAUAAUUACCCUCAACUAGAGAGGCAUCUCCUGUAUAUUUUGUACCCAAAUGCAAAACUUCUAUCUCCAUGUGAUUGGUUAUUGCAACAAAAACUGAUUCCAGUGAAGGUAUCUAUCUCUACUUUUACAUCAACCUCAAAAUGGAUAAGGCUGGUGGAAACGUUUGGCUUAUGGUCUAAAAUUUUAAACACUAAUCUCCGACAAGUCAAAGCAUGUGAAGGAACACCACUGUCUUUAAGAAAAUAGAGUAAAAUUUCGGGUAACCCUAAACUAGGUAAAGUGGAA